AGUUGUUCCCGCGUUCUCUCUUCAGUUUUUAUCGUUUUGUGUUGAAGUUGUGACGAUGUCGGAUGCAGGAUGUCCCAUGGAGGAUCAGCCAUCUGGUUAUGUGCUCCCUGAGGGGAAACUUGUACCCAAUACAGUUUUUGUUGGGGGCAUCGAUAUCCGGAUUGAUCAGCAUGAAAUCAAAGAUUUUUUCUCAAAGUUUGGUUCAGUAAAAGAGGUAAAAAUAAUUACUGAUCGUGCUGGUGUCUCCAAGGGAUAUGGUUUUGUCUCCUUUUAUGAUGACAUCGACGUUCAGAAUAUUGUAGAUACUCAGGUCAGCUUUCAUGGCAAGAGACUAAAACUUGGACCAGCUAUAAGAAAGCAAAGUACAUGUGCACACAUUCAACCAAGAACUGUGGUGCUUAGCACCCAAGCACCACAAUAUCAGAACAUGUGGAGCACCCCUGUCACCGAUGCAUAUGUUCAGCCUACUCCCAUGUUUAGUCCUAUGGCAUCUUAUAUUCAGGCUUGUCCUUACCCAAACUCACAAGUCAUGUUGCAGCAAUUACCCUUGGCAUACCAGCAGCCAGGAUAUUUCCAGGUGGCUCCACAGUGGGCUGGUGGUGAUCAAAGAAGCUAUGUAUUGCCUCAGGCUUUAACUUGGAAUUAUACAGGAAAUGACUUUGAGACAGCUUGUGGUGAAGUGUUGCAAGCAGACUAUACAAUCCCAGAGCAAAAUGCCUUGGUUUCAACAAGUCCCCAAAAGAAAAUUGACCGAAGCAUACAAACUGCUGUAUCCUGUCUGUUUUCUGGCGAUGGAAGGUUCCACAAGCCUUUCUUUCAAGAUAAUUUCAUGAAGGAAAGGAGAGUGCCUUCGUUCAGAAGAAGAUCCAUGUUUAGGCCCACCAUGGAGAAAUCUGGAAUGUAAAACUGCACCUACCACUGAUGCUCACAAUGUAGCACUUUUUUAGUUUACCUCCUAAGAUUUGUUAGUAAUGCUCUUUUCAUACAGUACCAUCCAGCUCAAGCUUUGGUUCAUGAGGGGAUACAUUUGUCGGCCUAUCAUGAAUCAAACCCUGGGCCAUCAACUGGCAAUUUACCACAAGUAUAUCCAGCUAAAGACCCCUUUCACACUGGGCCGUUUUUAGGCAUUUUGGUGCUUAAAAAAAGCCUGGAAGAAGCAUCUGCAAUC